AUGGCACAUGGCUCCAAAGAGUCCCCAUUCAGUACAAAGAGAUCUGUUCUACUGAUCGAACGUACUGUAAAUUGCUACGCAGAGGUAAAAAUGAGUGGUUUAGAUCUAUUCAAAGAAUGUGAUCGUCUCGAAACUUUCGCAGAGUGUCAAAUUGAAAAUAUAGAUAGAGAUCUUCUAGCAAAAAUGGGAUUCUACUACGAUCCCCUCGACGCGGUGGUUAAGUGCAAAUUCUGCGAUCUUUCAUUCAAAAUAUGGCGCGAAGAGUAUUACAAUGCUGUGCUAUUCCAUCGCGUCUACUCACCUCUGUGCGCCAUUGUUACGCAUCAGGCUCUCAGAAAUGUCCCCCUUGAGGUUGAUGACCUAACACGUGUUGACUACGAACGUGAGGAUGUAUCGAAUUGUGAUCGUGGUCCAAAUGAACACUACAUCGACCUGGAGAGUCGCCUUGAGAGUUUCACUGAUUGGCCUGUUGGAAUGCGUACUAGACCUGAAGAUCUAGCCUCGGCUGGUUUCUACUACUCCGGUCGGGGAGAUAUUGUUUUCUGCUUCGUCUGUGGUCUCAAGGUGAAUCAAUGGAAGAUCACUGAUGAUCCCUUUGAGAAGCACGCUAAACUCUCACGUAAAUGCAUCUUCUUGGCCACCGUCAAAGGACAUGAUUAUAUAGAAAAGAUCUUGGAAGCUGAAGUGAUCAGACUCCAUGAACUCACAUCUCAGGAUUGUAAUGAAAUUCCGCAGAAUGAAGUAUGUUCAGUUUGUUAUAUGCGUAGGAGGACAAUUGUGUGUGUACCAUGUGGACAUUUUCUCAUGUGUGAACCAUGCAGUGAGUCCCUUAGUAAAUGCCCGUACUGUGGAAGGACGCUAUCAAAGAAAAUUCAAGCAAUUAUUCGAUAAAUCAAUAAAAAUGUAUAAAAACUCUGAUAAACUGUGUACUGCUAUGUAAUCCAAAGAUUUAAAAUUAAAGUUUUGUGUUCAAAUUGUGCUUUUGUAGAUUUUAUGGACGCCAUUUUUGUGACGCCAUCUGCGACGCCAUGUUUUUUAAUGAAACGCUUACGUAUUCAGAAGUGGGAUAUAAUCAACGCAUAACGUUCAUUAUUUGAAAAGGCUGAGUCAACUAAAUGAAACUAAAUAUUUUCAUCAUUAUCUCUCUUCACCCUGAUAUUUAACAAUUAAUUGAUAAGGUUCCACAAUCAGUUUCAUUUGUGCCGUUGCGACGUACGUACGCAUGUUGUACAAAUUUUAUUCUUUGAGUUACUAAUUCAAAUUAAAUGUGAGUUUGCGAGAAUUUGAGAUGACUUCACCAGAAUUAUUUAAGGUCAUUCAUAAUUAACACUCCGUGUAUUCUAUUCGUCUAUUGUGUCACCAAUGUGCAAUUUAAUUAAGAUUUGCUUCUGUGGUUUGUUACCAAUAACUGUAGUACAUUGGAGGCAGUAGAGCUUGAAGGCGUUUGUGGAAAUUGCGACGUUUUUUUGCGCUUCAGAUCAUUGAAAAGAAUUUUCCAGAGCAGCCAGCACAGUCGUUUAGAAGCUAUCUGUGAGAAAACACUGGAAAAUGUUGAAGAUUUGUUUAUUAUUUUGAUAAAGUGAGUUGAUAAAGUGAUAAGGAUUGGUUGAAAGGUAAUUUAAGCAUGUGCAUGGAUGGUAUUCAGGCUAAACAGGCUAAACCUAUCAGUGAAGCUACUAACGCACAUUAAUCUAACAUCCUUAGCCGUUCUAAACACAUUUGAGCUUUAUUUUAGAUUUUAAAACACGUUUAAAUGCAAAUUACUAGCUUGACGAAUUUCCCGUUAAGAAUUCCUAAGAAAUAUGGCGUCUUUGGCGUCCUUUGAAUUUUGCGUUUCAAAGAAAUCAAACUUCAACGAAUUUUUUUUCUUGAGUUCUCUAAAAUUCAAAAUUAAAGUCUUUUGCGUCAUAAAAAGAACUUUUCUUCAAUUUCACAAUUUUUUAAUUCCUCCUCUUAUCACAACUUCCUCUUAUGAAUAUUUAUUUGUGAUGAAAUAAUUAUAAUAAAUGAAUCUUAAUUGCCUUAUCCAGUCAAUCGUCAACAAGUGACUCAUUGUUUGCGACAUAUGAAAAAUUCUUUGGAAUCCGAUCCUCUCGCACGUGAUCUGGAAAAACUUAGAGAGGAGUUUUUGUGCCGCUGGCUGUAUAUGAAAAAAAAAACGCCUCUCAUUGAUGAAUGAAAUGCACAACAAGGUCAUUCAUUAAUAAAUAGCGCGCGUUUGUGAUGCUCUCAAAGAAAAUCAAUGAGUUUGAUGUGUGCGUGUUGCGACGCAUAAAUUAAGAUUACCUCAUAAUGCACAAAUAUGUGUGGGUGGAAGAUUUUUUAUAUAAUAUUUUAUCGGUAGAAAUUAUUACAUACUCCCUCGCGUUAACCCUUUAAUGACCAUGGCGACCAUGCAUUAAAAAAAGAUAAAUAAUAUUUUUAAUAGGUUUUUAAGGAAAAAUUGAGUGGAAAAUAUUUUUAUUGCUCCUAUUUUUAAACAAAAGGAUAUGAAAAUAUUUUCUUUUGAGAAUUUUUUAUUGAAUUCUUUUUGUUUCCAAAAUGGAGAUGUCUGUUACAAGCCUGAUUGUAAGAUCGAUCAAGCCGUUUAGAAAAAAGAGAGAUCGUCCUUUCAAAUCAAAGACUUUCCAAACUUAUAGUGAUCUUCAUAAGUUGCGCUGAAAGUGCUGAAAUCGCAAAUCCGCCAAAUUCAUAAGACGCCAUUUGCUUUUUUUUCUUACCUAUUUUACUAUCCAAACACUUCUUUCAAGACAUUUACAUUUUUAUCCAAUAAAUUAAAAAUAUUAUUAAAGCUCUUUAAAAAAAAUUAUGAGUAGAUCCGAAGAUAUGGAAACUUUUGUUAAUACUUUUUUUAAAUAAAUCGCGAUCGCGAUCAUAAAAAACCUACGAGGCACCAUAUAAACAAUUUCAUCAUCUGAAUAAAUACCAUGGCGACAUUCCGCGGAGACAAAGCAAAAGUCGCAAAAUCUCUAGUGGAGAAAAACGAGCAAAAUCUUUCUGUCCAACACUGAACCGUGAAUUUUCCGCGGAAGAAUGAACGCGAAUGCACGAAGAUUGUUUAGUGGGGAAGUUCCUUCAAAAUGGAAGCUUCGUGUUGACGUGAAAAAUUUACUCCAAAGUUUUUUGUGGAUUUUGCAUAGUUAGCUUGCAAUUUAUCAGUCGAAAUAACUGAUAAUCCCAUCUUUGUAACCAUCAUUGUCCUUUUCUGCAGUGAUAUCACAAAAAGCAGGUUUGUGAAGAGCACAAUUUUGCAUUUUUUCACACACAUUGUGUGCCAAGUCAAAUGUGAAAGUGGCUGCGUUGUACAGAAAAAUAUAAAGACUUUCAAAAGAAAAAAAUCUUCAUCUUAAAACGAGCAGAUAAAUUAAAAGAAAAAGGAUGCUGGGAAGGAAAUAAUCAAGUUGCUUGUAAAUUCAUACAAAAGAGCACUAACAAACCUUCAGAGGAAGUCUUUCAAGUAAAUAAAUCAUCUUCAUUUUCUUCAUUUUGUAUAAAUGUAGAACGAAUUUGCUGUGAAAAUCUUUUUUUUUGCAUGCUUCGUAUUUUGCUGAUUUUGUAUUUAGUAAUUUAUAUUUUGUUAAGUAAGCUAUAUGUGGUGCUUGUCUCUCUCUGUGCCCUCGAGUUCAAUUACAUAUUUAUGUGCAUUUACUUUUGUCAUUGAUUAUCAAAUUCUGGCUUUUGCACACAACUCGCAUAAAAUCGCGGUGGAAAAUAACUGUUUGGGGUCCCCUUUUCUCUUGCACUCUCUCCUUGUUUUUCUGCGCAGUCUUCUGGAAAGAAUUUUUACAAUUUUCCAUUCACAAGCAUAAAAGAAGCAUAAAAAGUCAGCCCCCCUGUGAAUGGCGAAGAAAACAUGUUGGGCCAGCAGAACUCCAAAUAACAAGCAAAAAAAAAAGAAA